UAGCGGAGCCGGAGGCUGCUGACCUUGGCAGGGAAGAGCCGGGCUGUGCCCGCCGCCGCUACCGCCGGGGAAGCUGGGUGGGGAGACGGCCGAGAUGGUGGAGGACGGCGGCGGUGAGGAGGAGGCGGAGGGGGAGAGCAGGGAGAUGCCGGCGGCCGCCGCGCCCACGCUGCAGCGCUGCAACGGCUUCCUCCCCGGCAAGGAGGCGGAGGACGGCGGCGGGCGGGCGGCCCCGGCGGCGGCGGAGGCCGAGGCCAUGCUGGCGGCGGGCGGCGGGCGGCUGGAGACGCGGCUGUCACGGCGGCGUCUGGCGGUGCUGGCCGUCUUCAGCUGCUACUCGCUGGUGAACGCUUUCCAGUGGAUCCAGUACAGCAUCCUCAGCAACGUCUUCGCCGGCUUCUACGGCGUCUCCUUCACGCAGAUAGACUGGCUCUCCAUGGUCUACAUGGUGGCCUACGUGCCGCUCAUCCUGCCCGCCACCUGGCUGCUGGACGCCCGGGGCCUACGGCUCACCGCCCUGCUGGGAGCCGGCCUCAACGGCCUGGGCGCCUGGCUGAAGUGUGCCAGCCUGGCCCCCGACCGCUACCCCCUCACCUUGGCUGCCCAGGCCGUCUGCGCCGUGGCCCAGGUCUUCAUCCUGGGGCUGCCCUCGCGCAUCGCCUCCGUCUGGUUCGGCCCCACCGAAGUCUCCACCGCCUGUGCCGUGGCUGUGCUGGGCAACCAGCUUGGCACUGCAAUUGGUUUUUUAUUGCCACCUGUUUUGGUUCCAAAUACACCUAAUGAUCUCAAUCUAAUGGCACAUAACAUCAGCAUCAUGUUCUAUGGAACAGCGAUAGUGUCCACGCUUUUGUUCUUCUUAACAGGAGUUGUGUUUGAAGAAAAGCCGAAAUACCCUCCUAGUCAUUCUCAAGCAGUCCUGCAAACCAUGCCUCCGGAGGAUUAUUCCUACAAGCAGUCGAUUAUAAACUUGUUCAGAAACAUUCCAUUUGUACUUUUGCUGAUCAGUUACGGUAUUAUGACUGGGGCAUUUUAUUCUGUCUCCACGUUAUUAAACCAGAUGAUAGUGACUCAUUAUGAGGGAGAAGAAGUGAACGCUGGGAGAAUUGGCUUGACACUGGUGGUGGCAGGAAUGGUGGGUUCGAUUAUUUGUGGUUUGUGGCUGGAUUACACUAAAACAUACAAGCAAACUACUUUGAUUGUUUACAUUCUCUCUUUCAUUGGGUUGCUGGUAUUUACUUUCACCCUGGACCUCGGAUACCUUAUAGUAGUGUUCGUGACUGGAGGAGUACUUGGGUUCUUCAUGACGGGCUAUCUCCCGCUUGGGUUUGAAUUUGCUGUGGAAAUUACAUACCCAGAGUCUGAAGGCACUUCCUCAGGUCUCCUUAAUGCAUCAGCACAGAUAUUUGGAAUUGUUUUUACACUUGUUCAAGGAAAACUCACAACAGACUACAGUCCUCGUGCAGGAAACCUCUUUCUUUGUGCUUGGAUUUUUGUGGGCAUUAUCUUAACAGCCUUAAUAAAAUCAGAUUUGCGAAGACAUAAUGUGAAUUCAGGGAUUAUGAAUUUGGAUGUUAAAGCUGUACCAGUUGACAGUCCUGUAGAACCUGAAAGUACUACAUCAAAAAUUCAGUCAGCUUUGUAAAGCUGGGAGAAGGUGACUUAGCAAAGCACAAGUUUGGUUGUAUACUGAACAAUAUCAAUUAGUGUAAUCACUGGAUUUGUGUGUAUGAGUAGUAAAAUGUGUUUGGUGAUAUAGGUGAUAGUUGUGCAGUGGAAACUAUGAAGAUGCUCCGUUCAUUUUGCCCAAGGCGCAAACAGUUCACCUUUGUAUGGAAUAUUUAUUUUAACAGUUUUCAAGUUUUACAGUUUCAUUAGUAAAGAACUGUGUGAAUACUCUCCAUGCUAGAGAGACAUGUGCAUUCAGGAUGCAUACUUGAAAAAAUCUGGAAUCCUGAAGUACAGUCGUCAUGAUCAGAAGUAUCUAAUCUUCUUUUCGUGUUCAGUCUUUGCUAGUGCAUUUGAGAAGUCAGAACGUAGGUAGCUGCACCGCUGGAGGUUGUUCAGAAGUUCCUUUUUUUAAAAUGUAUCUGUAUUUUUAAUAUAAGCCAAUAGUUCCUUCUGGGAAGCUGUCUAUAGCACAAUACUGAAAACAAGAGAUGACUGCAAACGUGUGCGUUUCAUACUGGCAUCUGACAUUUCUUUUGCCUUGAAACUUCGUGGUAGAUAUCAGAAGGCAGAUAAGAGAAAACACUGUCUUACAGAUUCAUUGUAACAUUUCCAGGGAGAUUUAAAGAGUUUCCCACUAGAUAAAUUGAAAAAACCCAACACUUCUUAUUAAAUACAGUAAAAAGGAGAAAGGCCUUUGAUACCUCUACUGGGAAGUAUUUACAGGUGACGGAACACUACCACACAGGUUGCCUCCAUGGAAUAUUCUGAGUGCUUUCUCAGUUAAAGUGAGAGGAGUAUGUGUUUACAAAGAGCUGGUGCCUUUACUUUGUAAAGAAGAUCCUUGCCUCAUCUUGAGUUUAAUCAGUGCUGCUGAAGAAAUUCCAUUUUGUUUGUUAAACCUCCUCUGAAUACUUGUGGAGUAUCAAAAAAUGUGUUCUAUCCUUUUUUUUGCAUUUAUUUCUCUGCGUUAUGAAUUGUAUCAUUUGUCUUGUGAAAUUUUUAUGCUCGUAUAACUUAAAUCAUGUCUUUCGCAGUUUCUUAAAAGCUGUAAGGAUGACUGAAAGGAAAAUAGUGAUAUUUCACUUCGUCUGAUGAAAUAUUUGCUGUUUAUGUCAUGCAUCUUAGCUACAAAAGCAGCAGACUUCAUUAAUAUUGAUCUUGUGUUAUUACAUUCAUCUGAAUUUGGGAUGUGGUUUUCUCACUGUAGUGCUUCUGAAAAUAUUCUCCUUGACCCUGUGCUCUGUUUGCACACCUAAAGAAUUGACAGCACUACAAUAAUACUGAGGCCCUACUAUUACUGAAAAAGUCAGAACUGAGUGACCGGACUUUUUGCAAACAUUUAAGCUUUAGCAGUCUUUAAGCUGAGCCUGCAGGUGCAGUACCAUGAAUGAUAACAUCUCUUUGAGUUCCCGUGGCUUAGUGCCAUCCAGAAGGUGGAAUCCUACUUGAAGUUUUCCAUGGAUUGUUGCAAUGGGGAACUUUUUAACCCCAAGAUAGUCUUUCAGUAUGAUAAGUAUCGCUAAAUGCUUUUCUUUUCCUUGUUUCACUGUAAAUUUAGAGAAUCCUUUUGUAUAAAAAACCCUAUAAACUUAGCUGUCUAAUCUUAGCCUCUGAACUUGAUGAUCUCGAUUUAACAUUUUGUAUGGUAAAUGCUUCAGACAUGGGAAGACUGAAUGGCAAUAGACAUAUCAGAAUAAGCUAAGCAUGCUUGGAACACUCGCCUUUCCAAAAAGGGUCCAUGUCUCUGCCCAGUCCAGCGCUAGAGAGAAAAUGGGCACAUCUUGCUGCUCCUGGAGGGGUGAGCCCUGCGAGAAGAGGCCUCUGGUGAGGUAGCUGAAUAUAGGAAAAGUGACUCUCGGGUAUUCAAACAGCAGGCAAGAGUACAGGAGUGGAAGUAGAGAUGGUUUCAUUAUGUCAGUUCUUUACAUUUAAUGACUUGCUGUGAUAGAAGCUGCCUCAUCAAGGGAUGUACAUGUUUUCAGCCCAAGUGAGCAAAGUUCCUGCCUUUUGGUAUCUGUGUGUGGCUUUUCCCUUUGGAAAAAUGAUAAUAAUGUGUGCCAAAAUAUAUACGUUCUUCGGCAAGAUACAGAUUCAGUAAACAUUUGUGUUCAUGGCCUUUGGUUGCUUCGUACUUCUGCUGUUGCUAAAUCUUAACAAGAUAGUAUUUUUGCAGUUUGUCGGAAGUGUUUUCAAAUGUCCAAUAUAAAGUCUUCGGCAAUAUCCAGAAUGCUUCCUGAGAUGUUCAGUACACACUGUUCAAAUUCAAAGAUUGAGGGUUUUUUUUCUUUCUUUUUAAAACUUAUUUUUUAAUUCUUUUCUUCACUACUGGCUUCCAGUUUCUUUAGUUAUGUUCAGCUGAUUAUUGAAAAAUAUAGUCUAGCCCUUCUGGCUCCUCAUGUUUUUUUAUCUUCUGCCAACUUACUCAGCUACCCUCUGAAAAGUCCAAACAAGAUUUUGGCAUACUGGAAACCCUGCUGCGUCCCUAAAAAGAAAAUAUUCCUAAUAAUGAAGGCUUAAUUACAUCCUGGAUUUAAUACUCCUCCUCUAAAAGGAGCUUGAAAGUUGGAAACCUGUGAGCUAUUUCCAGGCAACGAUAAAGUAUUUAGAUAAAAGGCUCAGCAGCAAAAUAAAGAACAAACCAGUAUUUUAUGUAAUAAUCUUAUUGUCUGUCUGUCAAGAGCCUGAGGUUCUAGCUCAUGGCAAAAAUAAAUUUGGGGUAGUUGGGGCUUUGCGGUUUUUUUUCGCUUUUAACUUUUGUUUUUAGACAAACAACAUCCACUCAAUCAAACAUCCAUCUGGAAUUGGAAAUAGGGUUUCUGGCUCUCCUAGCCUUGAGAUUCUGGCUCAGCCCUCCAGUAAGAGUAGAAGUGGGAUCUAAAAAGCUUAACUGCUUAAAGAGGUAAUCAUUUAGUGUCAACUGUUAGAGGAUGUAGUAGGAAACCAAGUGAGGAGAGACAUCCCAGUCCCAUGCAUCAGCCUUUGCUUUUCAAUAUGCUUUUCUUUUAAGUGCUUCAAGAGAACCCUAGAAGAUGCAAGAGAACUCAUGUAAUGGUGAGCAUAAGCAAGAGGGCUGCCCCCAGGUUCCCACCAGGGUGUGUAAUUGCUAACUUUCAGCUACAAGAUUCAGAGAUUAGCCUUUAAAAUAACUCUUUCUUUGUUUCUUCCAGACCUUGUUAAACUUUUGCUAACUUCAGUGGGAGAGACCCAGACAACAUUGACCCAUUUUUAUUUAGGAUUCCUAACAUGGCCUUAAAACCCUCAUUUCUGUUGGCUGGGUGUGAAAACCUGUAAGGCAUAAUCUGAAAUUGCUGCAAUUGGGAGCUCUCUUCUUCAGCUUGGUAGAUAAGCCCUUCAGAGCAGUUAUUUUGUAGAUGAGUGCUUGUCUGCAAUAACAUCUCUUUCUGUUGCUGAAUGCUCAUGUUUUAUGAGGAAGAAAGAACAAGGGAAAAGUGGGACAAUACAUACAAAUCAUUUCAGGUUAAUAGGGCUUUUCUAACUUCAUCCUCUUGGUCAUCUCUUUUGUUCAAGGCAGUCUGUUGUUUCAGAGACAGUCACUGGAGUGUGUAAUUAGAGCUGCCAGACCAUGUUGCCUAAUGAAAAAAUGCUUUUUGAGAAAUCUCUGGAAUAUCUUGUGCAUCUACAACCAAGUGAAAUUGGGUUAAGCUAUAAGUGUUUAUUGCUUUCAUUUUCCCAUUCUGUGAACUCUUGAGUUUUCCUGUGUGAAUGGGAAUGUGUGACCUUUUCGUUUGCCGUCUUUCAAUAUGUGUAUGUAGCACGUUCUUAAGUGUUAUAGGCUACUAAUGAUUCAUAAACCACAAGCUAAGUUAUUGUACUCCUUGUGAUUUCCCCACCACCACCAUUCGAUCUGAAGUCUGUGAAGAGGGAGAAGUGAUGUUAAUGCAUGAACUAGAAUGAAUUAAGCAAAAAAUAUUCCUAAGAGAAAGGUAUUUCCAUGCAAGACCUGUGUAAUUUACUGCUCGUGUCUUUGUUCUCAUGAAGAUAGAAAAUAUUUUUGCUGCAAUAUUUCUGUUCUGUUAGUGUCUCAUUCUUUAUUUCAAGAAAAAAUUAAAAAUUCCUUAUGAAUAUUCUCUUAUUGCAAUAUUGUACGUAUGUGUAUAUGUGGGUGGCAUCAUUCCUUACCAUUAUAUGUUACUAAUAAAAUGUAUAAUGUGUAACUUGA